CGGCCGGUAUGGCGCGGGGGCUCGCGGUGCUCUGCUUGCGCCGCUUCGGGAGCGUUGCCUCUAGGCAGCAGAAGUGGAAAAGCUAUGUCUCCACAUGUAACGUCUCCACUAUGCCUCCUUGCAAUUUUGUACCUGAAAAAUACAAAUCCUAUCCGUAUGAACGCAUACAGAAGAUCCGUGCAGAAAAUAUUUCUCCUACACUGCGAAUGUAUUACAAGAAGCCAUUGUUGCUGCAUCAAGGACAUAUGCAGUGGCUGUUUGAUUAUAAAGGGCGAAGAUACCUUGACUGCUUUGCUGGAAUUGCCACUGUCAGUGUUGGUCACUGUCAUCCGAAGGUAACUAAGGCUACCCAGAAACAGCUUACUCGCCUGUGGCACACCAGUAAUAUCUACAUGCACCCCUCGAUCCAUGAGUAUGCUGAAAAACUAACUUCUCUUCUUCCAGAUCCACUUAAGGUGGUUUAUCUAACCAACAGUGGGUCAGAAGCCAAUGAUUUGGCUAUGUUCAUGGCGAGGAUAUUCACUCGUAACUUCAACAUCAUCUCUCUCAGGGGAGCAUACCAUGGAAAUAGCCCUUACACACUGGGAUUGACGUCUGUUGGUCAUUAUAAGCAUGGUGUUGCAAAUGACUUUGGCUGUUCAACAACAAUGUUACCAGAUGUUUUUCGUGGUCCAUGGGGUGGCAGUCAUUGUAGAGAUUCUCCAGUGCAAACUGUUCGGAAAUGCAGCUGUUCUGAAGGUGUAUGUCAUGCAAAUGACCAGUACAUUGAGCAGUUCAAAGAUACUCUAAAUACCUCGGUGCCAAAGACAAUAGCUGCAUUUAUCGCUGAACCAAUUCAAGGUCUUAAUGGAACUGUUCAAUACCCAAGAAGUUUCUUAAAGAAAGCCUAUCAGCUAGUGAGGGAAAGAGGAGGUGUUUGUAUUUCAGAUGAAGUACAAACAGGAUUUGGACGAACAGGCAGCCAUUUCUGGGGAUUUCAAACACAUGAUGUAGUCCCUGACAUUGUUACUUUGGCAAAAGGAAUUGGUAACGGCUUUCCAAUGGCAGCUGUUGUUACCACAAAAGAGAUUGCAAGUUCCUUGGCCCAAAACCUUCACUUUAAUACCUUUGGAGGAAACCCUUUGGCCUGUGUAGUUGGAGCUGCAGUUCUUGAUGCUAUUGAAGAGGAUGGUCUACAAAAAAACAGUGAGGAUGUGGGAACAUACAUGCUACUGGAGCUGGCUAAACUACGGGAUAAAUUUGAGAUUAUUGGAGAUGUCCGUGGCAAGGGGCUUAUGAUUGGAGUAGAAAUGGUGACAGAUAAGGACAGUCGACAUCCUCUUCCAGUUGAAGAAAUCAACCAGAUCUGUGAAGACUGUAAAGAUAUGGGGGUCCUCUUUGGCAGAGGAGGAUUCUACAGUCAGACUUUAAGAAUUAAACCUCCUAUGUGCAUUACUAAAAAGGAUGUCGACUUUGCUGUGGAAGUAUUUCAGACUGCUUUACAGAGACAUGUGGAAAGAGCAGCUGCAAAAUAG